AUGGCGGCCGUCAGCUUCGAGACUACCAAGGCGCACGCGGCGCUCUCGUGGGCCACGAUCGUGAAGCGCGGCGACAGCGACGCGUCCGCGGAGGAGACGGCGGGGAGCGCCGCCCCUGGGAAGACCGCGCUCUCGCCGGGCCCCCGCGGCUCCCGCACGUGCGAGUGCCGCGGCCAGGUGAUCAUGAUGCUCGCCUACUACGGCUGGAUCGCGCCCCUGCAGGACAUCGACCACCCCGACGCGGGCAAGCACGAGGGCCACAUCUACGUGCGGGCGACCGACGUGGCCCCCGGCGCGUCGCUCGCCCCGGGCCAGGCCGUGAGCUUCUACCUGUACGCCGACGACCAGGGCCUGGGCGCCGAAGACUGCCGCCCCGACGGCGCGGACGGCGCCGACGAGUUCUGCUUCCGCGCCGCCGCGCAAGAGUUCGUCCCCUCGGCUGGCUUCUGCGCCGCCGCGCCCGAGUUCGUCCCCUCGGCUGGCUUCCGCGCCGCCGCGCCCGAGUUCGUCCCCGUGACCAGCUCCCACGCUGGCUGGGCGCUCGGCGACGUGCCAACUGGCGUGCAGUGGGCCCACGACGCCGCCGACUCCGACACCGACACCGACCUCUCCAGCGACGCGGGCGGCGCCGUGGCCUUCUCCUUCCGCGCCGCCGCGCCGGAGUUCCUGCCCCCCGCCGGCUGCUGCGCCGCCGCCCCCGAGCUCGUCGCCGCGAGCGGCCUCGUCGGCGUGCUGCCGCCAGGCGCGCAGAAGUCGCCGGGCGCCGCCGACGCCGACACCGACCUCGCCAGCAGCGCGGGCGGCGACUCCGAGGACGCGGCCAGCGACUCCGAGGACUCCCUUUGCGCGGGCCUAUGCGGCCCCGGGCCCGCCGCCGGCGGCGCCCGCCCGCUCGCGCGGGCGGUCGGCCUGGAGAGCCACGAGGACCGCGGGGCGGGCGCCGAGGCCCGCCGGGAGGCGGCCGCCCUGCCGCCGCCCGCGGCCCCCGGGGGCGGCGGCAUCGGCUCGGCCCCGUGGCGCUCGCACGCCGCGCCCCCGGGGCUCGGGGGCGCCGCGCCGCGCGGCUGGCGGCUGGAGUGCCUCCAGGACGGCGCCAGCCUGCCCAGGGACCUGCCGUGGCGGCGGUGCUGA